UCUUCUUUUACAGCUGGUUUGUGUGUAUUCCUCUCAGUAUUGCUGCCUACGGCGUGGGCUUUUUAUUCCCCCAGUGAUGGUGUUACUGAAUUAACACCAACCAACUUUGAUAGACUAGUGGCGCAAGACGAUGCCAUUUGGGUGGUGGAGUUUUAUGCCCCUUGGUGUGGACAUUGCCAAAGUUUAGUGCCUGAAUAUAAAAAACUUGCCAAGGCCUUAAAAGGUAUUGUUAAAGUAGGUUCUGUUAAUGCCGAUGAACACCAAUCUUUGGGUGGCCAAUUUGGUGUAAGAGGUUUCCCCACCAUUAAAAUCUUUGGCGCCAACAAACGUUCGCCCACAGAUUACAAUGGCCAACGUACAGCCAAAGCAAUUGCGGAGGCGGCUUUAGCUGAGGCUAAGAAAAAAGUUCAAGCUGCUUUUGGCGGUGGUAGCAGCGGCGGCAGCAGCGGUGGUUCUUCAAGCGAUGAUGUCAUCGAACUAACAGAUGAUAACUUCGAUAAAUUGGUACUACAAUCUGAAGAUGAUUGGUUGGUGGAAUUCUUUGCUCCUUGGUGUGGUCACUGUAAGAACUUGGCUCCCGAAUGGUCCAAGGCUGCUGGUCAACUUAAAGGCAAAGUCAAAUUGGGUGCUCUUGAUGCUACAGUGCACCAAAGCAAGGCCGCUGAAUAUGGUGUCAGAGGCUAUCCCACCAUUAAAUAUUUCCCUGCUGGUAAGAAACGCUCCUCAGAUGCUCAAGAAUACGAUGGUGGCCGCACCUCUUCCGAUAUUGUUACCUGGGCCUUGGACAAACACGCUGCCAAUGUGGCUCCACCAGAGUUGGUGGAAAUCAUAGAUGAAUCCUCAUUCGAUAAAGCCUGCGAGGGUAAACCUCUGUGUAUCAUCUCUGUGCUGCCUCAUAUUCUUGACUGUGAUGCCAAGUGCCGUAACAAAUUCUUGAGCACACUACGUACACUGGGUGACAAAUUCAAACAGAAACAAUGGGGCUGGGGUUGGUCUGAAGCCACCGCUCAAUCAGAAUUGGAAGAAUCAUUGGAAAUUGGAGGUUUUGGUUAUCCUGCCAUGGCUGUGGUCAAUUUCAAGAAAAUGAAAUUCUCUGUACUUAAGGGAUCCUUCUCGCAAGAUGGUAUUAAUGAAUUUUUACGUGACAUUUCCUUUGGCCGCGGACAAACUGCUCCCGUUAAGGGCGCUAAGAAACCAAAGAUGAACACUGUAGACGCCUGGGAUGGUAAAGACGGUCAAUUGCCGGCCGAAGAAGAUAUUGAUCUAUCUGACAUUGAUUUGGAUGACGAUGUCAAAGAUGAAUUGUAAAUAAACCGCCACCAAAAACAAUUUAAAAUAACAACACUUCCUCUUCACAAACAUACAAACAUUUGUAAUCUAUCAUUUAAGACUGCAUCAUUGAAAUAAUCAUGUUGAUAUUCUUGGAAAAACUAAACAAAAAUGCAUUUGAAAAUCUACUAAAUACAUUUAUUCGUAAGACACUUUUUGAUUUUCAACACGAUUAAUUAUCCUGCUGUACCUUUCCUCUUUUUCUACUUUGUAUACUUUAUAAGAUUAUUUUAUAAAAUUAUUUUAAAGAUAUAUUUUUUAUUUUUAAAACAAUUUUAAGUUAAAUAAAUAAUAAUUUAGAAAAAAUAAAA